GUUCCCUCCGCGUCGCUUCGCGGCUGUUUCCGCCCACCUUCUUUGUGCCGCGCAGAACGUUGAAAUGACGCAUGCGCAAAGAAAAGAAUCCCAGCCGCCGCGUAUAUAAGCGCGGGCCGGGACUCUUCCUCGUAGUGCCGCCGGGACCGUUGGCGAAGGAAGGUGCGCAGUGACUUCCGUGCCUACUCGAGUCCCGGGUGCUGCGAGCUACGGCGCUGAGCACGCGGGGCUGGUCAACAUGUCGCGUUACGGGCGGUAUGGAGGAGAAACCAAGGUGUAUGUUGGUAACCUGGGAACUGGUGCUGGCAAAGGAGAGUUAGAAAGGGCUUUCAGUUACUAUGGCCCUUUACGAACUGUGUGGAUUGCCAGAAAUCCUCCAGGAUUUGCCUUUGUGGAAUUUGAAGAUCCUAGAGAUGCAGAAGAUGCAGUUCGUGGACUAGAUGGAAAGGUGAUUUGUGGUUCUCGAGUGAGGGUUGAACUAUCGACAGGCAUGCCUCGGAGAUCACGUUUUGAUAGACCACCUGCCCGGCGUCCCUUUGAUCCCAAUGAUAGAUGCUAUGAGUGUGGCGAAAAAGGACAUUAUGCUUAUGAUUGUCAUCGCUAUAGCCGACGGAGAAGAAGCAGGUCACGGUCUAGAUCACAUUCUCGAUCCAGAGGAAGGCGAUACUCUCGCUCACGCAGCAGGAGCCGGGGACGGAGGUCAAGAUCAGCAUCUCCUCGACGAUCAAGAUCUGUGUCUCUUCGUAGAUCGAGAUCUGCUUCACUCAGAAGAUCUAGGUCUGGUUCUAUAAAAGGAUCGAGGUAUUUCCAAUCCCGGUCAAGGUCAAGAUCAAGAUCCAGGUCUCUUUCAAGACCAAGAAGCAGCCGAUCAAAGUCCAGAUCGCCAUCUCCAAAAAGAAGUCGGUCUCCAUCAGGAAGUCCACGCAGAAGUGCAAGUCCUGAAAGAAUGGACUGAAGUUCUCAAGUUCACCCUUUAGGGGAAAGUAUUUUGUUUACAUUAUUAUAAGGGAUUUGUGAUGUCUGUAAAGUGUAAUCUAGGGAAGAUCUUUCAACCAUCUAAUCAGAAUGGAUCUGGAUUAUUACUCUGUAAAUUCACAGCAGUAAAAUAUGUUUUUUGUUGAAUGUAUUAACAUCUUAUGGUCUGAAAAUGUGGGUUUUUAUUUGGCACAUUUAAAUAAAAUGUUUCUAACUAGAUUUUGAUUUGUGUUCAAUAUUAAUUUGGUGACCAAGUGUCAGACUUAAUCAUUGUUAGUUAUAUUUCUCCAGACCUACAUUCGAAGUUAAAUGGUGUUUUAAAUCUUGAGCAUCAUUACCUGUUUAUAGAAUAGCACUUGUUAAGGACCUUAAGGGACUUUGAAAAUUCCAUUUUACCUCUGGGUAAAAUGAUCUUGAGUCCCCUAUAGUGGUAACAUGAAAGCAUCAUAACAUCCCUAAGUUAAUUUUGAAGUUGGUGUUGAGAUAUUGUACAACUAAUGAUCUCCAUCUGUCAGACCAGAGGGACCACUGAUUUACCUAUCAAUGAGCAUGACAGGAACUAAGCAAAACUUAAAAGUACAUGUGUGGUAUAAGAUGUAGGGAGAAAAUUAUUUCUGGAGGCUGUUUAGUAGUUGAUUGGAGCUUUCAGGCUAUUAGGUAAGAUGGUUUCUAUUCAAUGUUCUUUUGUUUCUUUGCUUUCAAACAUUAGCCAAUUUUUACCAAAAAAAAAAAAUGCAUGCUUGCUGCAGAAUUGUCUGAGUUUGGAACAAAACUUUGUAAACCAGCUUUGCAAAAUUUUCAAGCCCAGAUUCCCUCUAUUUCUUUGAAAUAGAUUGCCUUAUUCUGUGCAGAGACCUGUUAUCCAAGCUCUAUUUGCAGUUCUCAACAACAUUCAUUCUUAUUUUGCCAAGCUGGUGUGAACUAACUGAAAAUGUCAACCAGAAAUGUUAAUGAGACUAAAACAAUUCUGUAAACCUCACACAAUUAGCAACACUUAAUGUUUUUUGCUAGUGUCCGGUAGACCUUAGAAUGGUAUAGCCAAUAGGUUCUAAUUCAGACUUUAUAAAUAAUGGGGGCAGUAAUACCUAUUUGAGAGUUUGGAUAAGCUUUUACUCUAGCCUUGGUGUGAAAACAAAGGUGAAUGGAAUUGCCCUUUAUUUUCUUAGGCUUUCAUACAGUUCUGGAUGGUACUGCAAUUUGGGAAUACCGUUCUGCCUCAAAUUUGUUUGAUCUGAUCUUUAUGUUGGAAGUCUUUUGGAUACUUUUUGGAAUUUUGACAACUGGUUUAAUUACAUGGUUGGUAUAAAGCUAUAUGUAAUUGGCAGGCUUAUUUAUCUGUUGCAUUUGGUUUAGCUUUAAUUGUCCUGUAUUAUAUAAAGAUAAGUUUGCUAAACAAUAAAUCUGCAGAGAUUGAACAAAUAA